CGUUUCGUUUAGUUCGGUGUGUCGUAGCACGAAACGAACGCUCUCGAUCAGUUGUUGUGUUUUCGAUGUUCAGUUAAGUGUGUUGUGUCCGAUCCGAAAUCCGUACGAGACGACAACGUCGAAGUGCAGCUUGGCAAUGUCUUGGAUGGUCAGUUGUGCAGAAGAUGGCAUGCGACACUAAAUCGUUGAAGUGAGAUAGGCGAACUUGUGACAUCAGCGACAGUAGUAGAUAGUCUUGCGACUUCGGUUUACAUCCGACCCGUUUGUACCGAUGUAAAAUUUUGCGAAAAACGAGCGAACAUGAAAGAGGAGAUUUUAGCAGCAGUUAUGUUUUUGAUUCGCUUCAUCGAGAAAAGUGACACGUUUCCCAGAGAUCAAAUAGAAAAUUUCAAAAAUCACCUAACCGUACUUCUUACGCAGAGAUUCGAGAAGCAUUGGUUUCCAGAGGUGCCGGCCAAGGGGCAGGGUUACCGUUGCAUUAGGGUUAAUGGUCUGACCCCAGUGGACAUUACUUUGGAGCAGGCCGCCACCAAAUGCGGCCUACGCUACCGCGACCUACGGCUCCCAGCGGAACUUACCGUAUGGGUAGAUCCGAACGAAGUUUGCUAUAGGCUUGGCGAAUCUGAAGGUUCGUAUUGCACGCUAGCAACAUUCUCGUCGGAGACGUCAUCGACGUCUUCGUCUUUCGAAUCGUCAUCAUCGUCACUAUCAUCGUCGUCGCUGACGUCAUCAUCGUCCGAGAGUUCCACGCCCUCACCGUCACCACCCACCACCCCAUUGCAAGACAAAUACAGACGGCUGGGACCGCAAAAUCAUAAGGCUUUACGGCCUUACACGGAUGGUGUUAGCUGUAGCGCGGGAAAACACCGGAAUUACAAUAUGAACGUCACUGCGUUUAGGGUUAAACCGCCGACUAGAGAGUUGAGUUUUAAUUCGUACCAGAACCGAUCGCCGUGGCGAUGUGAUGGUCCUCCGUAUCCUUUCCCGCCCGUGUACAGGAACGUGAACUACAACGCCAGACACUACAAGAACGUACUGAGAGUGUAGACGCCCGAAUUGGGAUUAACGGUAGAUGGUCGUUAUUCGUAAAUAACUUAUGACAGUUUUUGCAUUUCGUUUUUGCUACAUUUACAAAAUGAUAUAUAUAAAAUAUAAAUAUAAUUUAACGCGAUACUUAAAUACUUUAACAAAAAAAAAAGAAAAACAUACACCCGUUUCUUCUGAUUAUUAAAAAAAAAUAUAAGAAAACAAUAAACCUAAUUUUGAAUACAGUACAAAAAAAUGAGAAAGAAAAAUUACAUUAUAAGAUAAAGCAUGAUGUGUAAAAGAAGAAGAGAUCGUCGACGAAGUUUGUGUGCCAAGUACUCCAUAGAGAAAGAACGAGAGAAAAUGAAACAAGUUUUGCGUGGAAGCCCGUUUUAGUUUAAGUGGUAUUCGAUCCGGAACGGAAAAUUUAAAAAAAUAUAUUGUGCAAAUUUUAGGUGCCUUCAUUGUUAUAGUCAAUAUGAAAAAAACAAAAAAUUUCGAAACGCGUACCUAGUAUGUAUAGUUUAUUAAAAAGAGACAAAAAAUGGGAAUGAAAUUAUUCAAAUAUGAAAGGAUUUCUCGGAUCAUUUUUGUCAAACUAUAAGCAAUUUCGAUUUAUCUUUUUUUAUUGUUAGUACCUUUCUAAAUGUUUAUAUAGAUACAUAUAAUGUAUAUUUAUAAUUAUUAAGUUUAUAAAUUUUCUGUGAUAGCAUUUCUAUCAUGACAAAGAUUAUGUGUAAUUAUCAAUUUACUCUUUUCUUUAAUUUCCUUUUGUUUGAACGAUCAAUAAUUACAAAGAUAAUAUGAAACUAAGAUAUUCAUCAAAAAUUUAUUUUAAAUAAUAAUUAAAAUGGUAAUAUGUUAAAAUAACGUUAAAUAAUAAUUAUUUUAUAGCUCAUUCAUAAGUUCAAUUAACUUUAUUAAGUAAAUACCGUUAAAAGGAAUUUGUAGGCUGUGAAUUAAAUCGUAAUAAAGGUAUAAAUAUAAAUUUAACCAGGGUAAUAUGGAGGUUUCUUUUGUUCACUAUCUUACUAUUUAUUUACUUAUAUUAACAUAUUACUAAUUAAUUUUUGCAAGUAAAUGUAGCUUGUGAUAUAUUAUUUUUUUGUCAUGUGUUCUAAAAUGUUUGUGUUAUAAUCAAAAAAAUCUUAGUUAAAUUGUUCUUUUUUUCUUGAUUUUCUUUUUUAUUAUUAAGAAGAAAAUCACGAAAAAGAUUUUUAUUAAAACUUAUUAUAUGUUCAAUAAAAAAUAAUGUUAUGGAAAAGUUGGUGUUUUGUAAAUUCGAUACUUCAAAAAUUAAAAUACUUUUUUAAACAUAUCUAAGAAACAAUGCUUUGAUCCAUAUAAAAUAAUGCUAAUUCGGUGUCUUAUAAUAUAUUCAGUUUGAAUGGAAUUGGGUAACUCCUAAGCUAUUCUGCAUUUUGUUGAAAGGAAUCAAUUCUGCAUCCAUGUUAUUUCAAAGUUAAGUGUCAUAAACGAGCAAGUUCAAAAGCAAUCUUUAAUUAAAGUUUGACAAUUAUAAACUUAUGGGGUCUAAUCAACAGCAUUUAACACUUGUAUAUCUUUGAUUACUAAACUUUGGUUUAACCUUUUGUAAUUAUGUUAACAAACUUUGAAACACUGCAAUAAAGUUUAUAAGAAUACAUUGUACCACAUUUGAAAAGACGAAAUAUUCUGAUUUGUUGGUAUAUAAUCAAUUAUGAUCUUUUCUGGAACAUUAACAAAACGCCUGAUGACACCUUACCUGCCGAAAUCGGUUAUGUUACUAUCUUCGCAAUUGUUUUGGAAUACAUUUGUUAAUUAAAGCAUUUUGAGUUCUCAUUUCAUAAUCUUUAUAACUAUUAUGAAGUAUUCUUUUCUUUUUAUUUGUGUACAUGCUGAGAUAUGUUUCCAACUCUUUAUGAUAUCUGCAACUAUAUUUUCCAAUAAAAUCCAUUUUUGCUUGUUUAAAUAUUCCUUUAGUUUCAGGUCAAACAUCAUACAGUGACUAAGAUAUGGCGCAUCAAUUUGUUAAAUAAAAACUGAAACGGAGUUAUUUAGUUUCAGAUAAAACAAAUAGUUUACACUUUUAGAUAAUAUUCUUUAUUAUAGUUUUCUUUACCGGUUUCGACUUGUUACUAUCAUCAGCUGAAACUUGAACUGUUGGCAAAAUCAAAAAUAUAAACAACUUUUAUCAUUAUAAUUUUUAUAAGUUUUUAUUUUAUUGAACAUACAAUACAAAUUGUAAUUGUUUAAUCGAUCGUUCUGCAAAGAUAAUAAAAUAUAAUUAAGAGUACUAGAAGGUAUAGUAGCUUUAAAUUAUAAUUUUUUUCUCCAAAUGUGAUGAUCGCAAAAAAAAGCGUUAAAAUAUUUUUACGACUGAUUUUUUUAAGUGUACGAAAAAUGUAUUUACAAAUGCAUUUGUGUGCAUAGAAAGCGUCACCGAUUGCUUAUAGUUUGACGGUUUUUUGAGUACAAAACGUUCGUCCAAAAAAAUUAAAAUACACUGUGCAUUUCUUCUGAUGAAAAUAAGAGAAAAUGAAAAAAAAAUUUAAAUAAUAUAAACGAGAUUAACAGUAUUUUUUACUUAGGUUUUACAUAUCAAAGCGUCUUUUCGCGAUCACAAACAUUUUAAUUAUGUGUGUAUAUAUUAUUAAAUGUAUUGUGAGACAACGAUUUGACACGUUGCUAAAAAAAUAUAUAUAUUAUAAAAAAAUAUAUGUAAAAAUUUAAGAUUUGGGGAUUGCGAAAAGACGUGGGCAACGAAGAACUGCCAGAUGAAAUUUACGCAAAUGCAUCUAUCGUUAAUCAUUGGAGUUUAAAACAAAAACGAGAAAACCUGCACAUACAAAUUAGUGAUAAGUAUUUCGUUUUGUUUAUUUUUUUGCUCUAUAUGGAUCUUCUUCGUACUUUGUAACGAAUAUAUGUUGUUUGAGUUAAUUUUUUUCGCUUAAUUUUACAUACUAGUGCAUUUAUGUAUUUUCCUUUUUUUUAAAUAAUGAAACAGGUUUUUAAUCUUAGGCCUAAUUUUAUAAGUUUCCUAUUUGCCUUUUUCCAACUUUCUAGUGAUUUUUUGUGUUUUUGGUAUAUAUUUCUUGGUUUGCUCGGAGAUUUCUUUUUAUUUUGGUUUUCUAUUUUAUUAAAAUUUACGUUUAUUUCGCAAUUUUUCUAAAAAAAAGGUCUGAAAAAAAAGUGUAAUCAUAAUAAAUAUAUAAACAUAUAUUAUACAUGUGGUCCAAACUUAUGACGAUUUUGCAAUGUCUAAGAUGUUAUUUUAAGAUUUAAAAAGAGGUAAUGGUAAUUCUUGUAUUUUGUACAGAAUUGUACCGAAAUUUAUACUGAAAUUUGUUCUCAAUCUACAAUAGAUUUUAAAUUAAAAAAAUUUCAAUCGCCACUUUUCUCCUGUCCAAAAAUGAAUGCAUUGUGAUACCAGGUUACUUAAACAACAUAAAAAAAGAUAUAAAAUAAAAUCAAUUGCCGUUUUUACAAUUCUGUACUCUAAUCAAUGGUAGUUUUUUUUUUUGGUUUAUUAGUUGGUAUAUAAAUUAUUAAUCCGAAUGUAAUUGAAACUAACAGGGUUGUAUAACUCUACUGAGGUUUAUUUGCAUUUCUUUAAGUAAUACUAUUAAUUCAGGUUUAAAUGGAAUUAUGUACGGUGGGAAAUUGCCUGGUGAAGUGCAAUUAAUGAGAAGCGCGUUGAGUGUGAUAUUUUUUUUGUAUAUACAGCUCGAAAUUUUUUAGGGAUUGUAAACGUGAGAAAUUGUACAUAAUUCUUUAGAAAUCUGUGUCGUAUUUGUAGAAAGAAUAUGUAUGUAGGAAGUUUUGAUUGUAAUAUAUACAUUAAAAAUAUAAUAAAUGUUAAGUAUUGCAUCUGAAAA